AUGGCUCCUCCACUGACUCAGGAAACUCGCUUUGCCCUUCCGGGGCUCACUCUGCCUUUGAAAUGGAAGCCUAACGAGGGGUUCGGGUCGUACAGAGAACUCUUUCCAUGUGCAUUGGAUCCGUCCCAGAUGGAUACGGGUGGAUAUCUCACAUUCCUCAGAACGAAACGGGAGAUACUUAUGAUGAGAAUUAUGAAUACCAUUACCGACAAGCCCGAUUGGGACAGGAAGAUUUACAAUCCAGAUAUCACGUCCAAAUGGGCGACAGAGAUAGUCGACAGCGGUGCAGAUGUAACUCCAAAGAUGUUGGAGUGGAUCUGGGCCGAGCUCAAACACAAGGCCGAAAUCCUCAAGGAGAAUGGCGGUAUGGUGACCGCAUUCAAUCCCGGCGUUGUCAUAUCUGAUACCGCCAUCUCCAAAGAGCUGCGAGAAGAUCUCAAGACGGCUGUACUUCCACUGGAGCAGGUUCCAGAAGAUGAGAAAGAUUACCACCCAGGAUCUGACCAGCGAGUCGUUGAUUUGGUGCAUCCAUCUUUGUUCCCGGUUGUCUACGGCCGCACUCGGAUCCUGUGUGAUGAGAUUCUCACGCGGGAUGGCUACUUGUCCUGGUCCGGAAAGACUGAAACACUACCCCAGCACUCGGAUCCAGAAGGCAUUGUAAAUUCAAAACUCAAACUUUUCAGCACCAAAUUUCAAUGGUUACCCUGCGAUGUAGAAUUUGCAGAAGAUGACGAAAAAGGAUGUCGAAUUAUUUCAUACAUCAAUAAUCUGCAGCCACAAAAACACAAGGACCUGUACCAAGUCAUUGAGAAGGUGAUCACCAAAGCGAUCCCUCUAUGGGACGAAAGCCUAGAUGAAGCGGUCAGUGAGCCGAAGGCUAGGAUUUCGUACGAAAGUGUCGAGUAUCUACCAUCUAGUGAUCCGGAACCUGAUUGGCAGGAAGACGAGGACGGAUACGAGGCAUGGCAUGCAAACCGACCGAUAAAACAACCUGAGCCUCAAGGGGAUUUCCAGCUAUUGAAACACGAUCUCGCUAGCUCUAGAGAGCCGAUUUCCUUACGCAAGCGAUUCCGUGAAAAGGGAUUGCAGAUCAUUGUGAAAUUGGCGAAUAUCGAAUUGACGCCGGACAAGCCGCGUUAUGAAGGCGGAACAUGGCACGUGGAGGGGCAGUUGAAUGAACGUAUAUGUGCGACGGCAAUCUACUACUACUCCACAGAAAAUAUCACCCAGAGUACGCUGUCAUUCCGAACACGAGCGGAUCUUUAUUCGUUCGACGACGUCGACUACCCGCAAAGCCGACAUGAGUUUCUGCAACACGUUUAUGGUUUUGGCCCUGACACAAAUGGCUGGGGUGACUGCCCUAUCACACAAGACCUUGGUGAUGUAUCUUGCCAUGAGGGCCGUCUCCUCACUUUUCCCAAUGCGCUACAACACCGUGUUUCACCCUUUGAGCUUGCCGAUAAGACUAAGCCAGGACAUCGCAAGAUUCUCGCCCUGUUCCUUGUUGAUCCACACAUUCGAAUUAUCUCUACAGCGAAUGUGCCUCCCCAGAGGGCGGACUGGCUUGCUGAGAGGGACCAGUUGAGAGCGACUCUGCUUGAGAGGAAGCUUCCCGUUGAGCUGACGCAGAUGGUUUUGAAGGAUUUGGAUGAUAUACCAAUCUCAAUGGAGGAGGCGAAACAAUACCGGGAGGAGCUGAUGGAGGAGAGAAGGGCGGUGAAAGACGAGCAAAGUGACAUGUUCUCAAUCGGUAGUUUCAGUCUCUGUGAGCACUAA